UUCUAUAAAAAUAGGAAAUACUCAAACCACGAUAUAGAACUUCACGUUUUAUAUAUAUGAUUAGAAAUGAAACGUAAGUGACGAGAAACAGACAAACACGAUACUCAUUUCCUGUUCCCGGAUUCGACCUCACGGGAAUUUUGAAAAAUACGGUAUGUCGUAUGCUAACCUAUCUGAAAAAUAUAGAAUUAGGAAUUAGUGACAGUGCAGUUAUAUUCGCAUUUUGAUUAUUUUAUAUAAACAAUGAACUUUUCUGAAAAAGGAAAAAAUAUUUAAACGUCAUAAUAUGAUUUCGUUAUUAUCUUUUUGAGUUACUUUGUAUUGUUUCUUUAUAAAUUGCUAAAAGGAAGUUGUUUGCUGUUCAAUUUGUGCAAUAGGAGUCAACUACAAAGUAACCUUUCAAGAAGACACGUCUAAUAAAUGUGUUAAUACGUUAUCUAAAAUGAAAAUUCGAAUUAUUCAUAUGCUGGUCGUUUUGCUUCAACUGAUAACAUGCGUGAAUUUAAUGGCUACAAACGUGUCAAAAGAAGUACGAGACGAGGAAGAAGUAAAUCGUGUAUUGGAAAUGUUAGACAAUGCAGAAGCGAAAGUAAAAGGCUACUUGAAAUCUCUUACUAGAGCAGCACUUCCUUACAUGAUAAGAAUUACCGAAGAAACGAAUUUAUCUUCUUCCUGCAUCGAAGCUGGCAGUUUGUUCCUCAGAGACUUCAGACUUAUGAAACCAUGGACUAUAAAAUUAAUAGAUUCUUUUGGAAAACUACCAGCAGGCGUGUUAGGGAUGACACAAUGGAUACAAGGAGAUUACGAUCAGUGUUUGAGCAUAGAAAUUCCCCGAAAUAAAAGGAAGGUUACUAAUGGAGAAAAGAAGCAGGUUGGAGGGAAAUAUUGUGCCUUGAAAAUUGGAUUAUCAAACUCAAUAAUGAAUACUACAAACUCAAUUUAUCGUUUUGAAAACAAUUCAUUGAUUAAACUAGCAAAGGAUAUUGUUAAACCGGUAAAGCUUGGUGACGUCUUCAAAAAUGUAGCCAAAAUGAAGACGGGUAUACGAGUAGAUGUGUGCAUUCCUAAUACAUGUAGUGAUAACGACUUAAAAAGUGUUGGAAACUGGAGUAAGUAGAGUUAAAACUUUUUAAUUUUA